AUGGAGCAGGAGGCUCUGAGGAUCGCCGCCUUUGAGGAGGCCAAGCGGGCGGAGGAGCAAAACCUGGGCACCAAAGCGCAGGAGGUGAUGAAAGCCAUGAAGCUGGACUUCAUGACGCUGGACCACUCGCGCCAGGUGCUGCACCGCUGGAUCUCCUGGUCAGGCUUUGACUCUGCCGUGGGCAUAGUGAUCAUCGCCAACGCGGUGACCAUCGGCCUUGAGACGCAUUAUGCACUGCAGAUCCCAUCUGGUUGCGCCUUGGACGGGAUGAAACGUGCAACAUUAGUGUGA